AGUUUUUUAUUGCUCUUCUCCUCAGUUCUGAGUUCACUCACUGAAUCUUCAGUACAUUUACCUCCCCCCACCACGUAGUUAUUAUCUUUUUGUUUUGUGGAGUACCAGUCAAAAGAACGGAAAUGAAGUGUUUGUAAAAUGGCGUCAGAUUCUGAUAGUUUAAGCCCGAUUCCCGAAAACGGGAAAGCAUUCGACUGGACAGAUGAAGAUAGGGAAGAGAACAAACGACUAAGGAAUGCGGGAUUGGAAUACAUUUCUCGAACGGGUAGAACGAUAGCCGCUAAGAAACAAGCAGAUCAAUUAUGCAACUGUCCACAAAAAUGUGGAGAGAAGAUUCCGCAAGAAGUGAGAGAGCGAUUAUUCAUAGACUUCUACAAAAUGGGAGAUCAUCUGAAGCAAAACUACUUUCUGCAGUCUUAUAUUGAGAUGCGGUCGGUUCACAAACGACUAUACCAAGAAGAGACAAGAGUUGGGGGUCGUCUACAGCGCAGGGUGUCUUGUAAAUACAGAAUACCCUUGGAAUUACCAACGUCUUAUCCAUCAGAGAACCUAUCUGUCACAGACUUAAAAAGAAAGAGGCCCAAACUACCUGCGGGGAAAACAGUUGAGGUCUGUCAGAAGGCGUUUAUGAAUAUGUACUCUAUCACAGAAAAACGAAUCCGACUCCAAAGGGAGAGACUGAUAAUCAAGUCACGAUACGAGGCAGAAGAAAGGCGAAUUGAAGCGGAAGAGAUGAAAACAUCAGUAUCCGUUGCAAGAGAUCUAGUUGCCGGUAUCAAACCAUUGCUUAUGAGCCAAACGGAAAAUGCGACAAUCACAUCACUGCCGUCCCAAUUGCUCUCGUCCAUCGACCACGACAUCACAGUCGUCAACAACUUCUUUCGUAACCAGCUUUGGAAACCGGAGUACAUUGGAAAUGGCAAAUCCCCACUUUUAAAUCCGUCACAGCUAGGUUUAGAACUAGAUUUAGAGUGAAUGAAAAAUUAAGAGCUUUAAUACAUAUCAACUUUCAGGGUAUAGUUAAAGGGUUUUUUGAAAUAUCUCGCCAGGCGAGAGUACAUUUUUACAGCUGUAUAGAGUUAAGAACAUUGCCAAAGCAUAUAUUUUCAGAUACGAUGAUAUUUAGAGAUUAUUACAAUCACUUGAGAUUAUUAUACAAUAUUAUACUCAUUUAACCAAAAAUUAGUUUUGUCUACCACUCAACUUAUUGCCUAACAGGGUAUCUAGCACGUGUGCCUGAAUAUGUGUUACUAGCAUUAGAUAUUUUAUGUCAUAUAUUAGGAUUGUUAAACUUUUUGUUAGAAAAAGCUGUGUUAUAGUGAAAUGACAAUUAGUUAGUAUUACUGAUAACUUAAUACUUGAAGUAAACUGCACAUGUGCUCUUAUCUUUAUGGUUUUGUAAAUAUUAGGUAGAUUUUUCUCAAUGACAAUUAUGAAGAUCAAAUAAUAUGGAAGUAAUUUUAAGUAUACAACAUUUUAAUACAAAACUAGCUUGUGAUAUUGAAAAUCAUCAUGACAUUAAACAUGAUCAAAUAUACGUAUGCUUUAGUUUCCCGGUGAUAUAUUUACUGAAUGUAUUGUUAAAACUGUUAUAUUUAUAAUGCCUUUGCGUCUUACAAUAAACUUAUUGU